AUGCUCCUACACGAUGAACGUCUGCCGCCAAUAGAUUGUGAUACACUGGUAAACAAUUUCAAUUUUGACUCGUCCAGAUUAAUUUUUUUUUUUCCAAACUACUUUUGAAAUCGCUUAAAACAAUUUCAGGUAGGUUGGAUUCUUCAACAAGCUGCCGAAGAACCUGUUUCCGUUGGAAACUUUUACAUAAUCGAUGUUAACGACCACAGUGAAUACGAAAAAUGUCACGUUGUUGGAGGUUGAUUUCAUAAUAAACUUUUUCUCUCCUCGUUCAUAAAUCCCCUCCUCAAGUUUCUGAUGGAGUCAGAAAUGAAUGGAGAUAAUCAAUUCGACAUUCAGCCUACUUCUACGACAGACUUCUGCUGUCGAGGUUGGUCUUCGAGACGCCCGUUCUGAAGCAAGCAAGUACCACCAGAACGACCUUGGUCAUUUAUGGAAGAGAAUCUGAACGCGUUUCCAACGUUCUUUUUCAAAGAGGAUGGAGGACUAUAUACUUGACAGGAAGUAACCAUUCAUUUCAUCUGAUUUACGAUUAAUGUUUGCCAUAAUAAAAAUUGAAAUUCCAAGAAAAAAAAAGUCUAGUAUGUAGAGUUGUUAGUACAUAGAUCGCCAAAUAAUUUUUCAAAAUCAGUUUUAAAAAUAAUUUCUCAUUAUGCCUUUCAAUUAUAAUGACUUGAAAUUGAAAACGUUGAACCGCAAAUGAAACUACAGAUUGUAUGAGUUAUUCUUAGAACCGAAAAUACUCAAAAACUGAAGAUAUUCCGAAAGACUUCUCUCGAUACUUUCUAUUAAGAAAUUACCAUCUUUUUCCGACCCCUUCUUUCUCACACUGAUGUUACAAGCUUUCGAAACUUAUCUUACUUGCAGACAUUGACCUAUUCAAAGAAAAAUACCCAGCUUUGGUAGACAAGAAUUUCGAUAUCGAUCAACUACGGGAACAACAUGACAGAAAAAGGUAAAAACUGUUAAAUCCAAAAAAAAUCUUGUCUUUCUAAGGAACAACGUCUACGGAGGCCGUCUGUGGAGAAGCGCCUCGGCGAGCCGCGUCAGUACUGCGGAGAGAAAAAACAGCCGCGAAAAAUCUGCAAGACCGAAACCCAAACGUGUACUUUCUGCGAGUGUCAGUACUAAACAGCUGGAUCGACCUCCGUGGAAACCUUGGCACAGCUAG